AUGCACCAAGAUAUCGCGCCUCGAAAUCUACUCAUCGACCCUUGUACAAAUAAGAUCGCUCUCUUCGACUUCGAUCGGGCUGCCUCUGGAAAGAGACGGUUAUAUGAAGGUCGAGAUGACGUUAGUAGUGUCGUCUUCACACUCUACGAGCUUAUCACGAACGAUACAUCCUUCUCGGGUAUCCCCCACUGGGAUCGACACAUAGAAAUGGUGCAAAAUAUCUCAGAAUGGACAGUGAAUCGCGAACUGGACUCUGACGUAUCCAAAUUCCGCAACUUCUUGAGCCAAUGGGUAGCAACACGAAGACAGGACGGGGAUAUGAAACGAUAUCUCAAUGCACCACACCGAUUUACAUGGCCGGACCUACCAACACCGCCCGAUUACAAUGUACCAUUCGAGAUGGGCACAACCUGGGAUGGGAAGACGAACUGGAGGACCGGUUAUUGCUCUAGAUCCACCGCAGUGAAGAUGGGGCAGUAUUCCUUUCUAUGGGAGAGGCCACCGCAGAGCCGCUCGUUGAUCAAGGCUGAGAAUAGUGUGAAGUAG